AUGGACAAUAUCAUGGUGAACUAUGCUUCGCCUUCUCAGAGUCAUGAAAGCGGACUGCGGCUCACAGACGUUCAACUUGCAGAUCUUGAUAGCACAGUUUAUUUAACGUAUAACCUCAAAAUUUCUGCAGGAAUGGUGAUGGAAGGAACACCCAUCUGGCAAGGCCCAGAGGCGCAUUUAGGACUUAUAUUUGGUCAUUUGGGGACAAUGGUUGUUAUAUCCACGAUUUGGGGCGAUAACUUCUUUAUCUUCAAGUCCAAAACUUGGACUCGUCAUUUGAUGGUGUUCCCAUCGAUCCAAGAGACAGACCAACCGGAGAUGAGUGGCUUAAUGGAAUAUAACCCAAAUAACCUAACAAAACUUCCUCUGUUUUCCCCAUCCAGCCUUCUCAGAAAUGGCUUGAGCUGGUGGGCGGCUGCGACUUUUAACCAUUCUGUCGAAGUAGUCUUGUAUAAGAAGUGA